AUGAGGAUGAUUUGUGUGAGACCAUUUGUACCUUGGGUUUUGCAACAAGAGUCAGAAGUAUUCGCCUGGAAAAUGAAGAACCACAAGAAAAGAAAAGGAAGAGACCAGUUAAACAUUAAAGAAGUAAAAGCAAGAAAGGAACAUUUGUUAAUGGAAUUAGAACAGGAGAUCAGUGAUCUAGAACAAGAAUGUGAAGGUAUUAUUAGAAAGAUUAAGAAGCUCAAGGAAACAAUUGAGCAUUUUAAAGGGCCCCAGCCAUCUGUUGAAACAAAUUUCGACAUUUCACAUCCAUCCAGUGAAGAGUUGAAAAUUGACAUAUCAAAGAAUACAAGGAAUUCAAAGAAUCAGAGAGAUGUUUCUUCCAGGUUACCAAGGUUUAUGAAGCCAACAACAUCUAGCCAGCAUAGGAUAGGCUUAAAUAAACACAUACCUGUUAGAAACAAGACAAAACCACCAAUGCCACCAAAGAGAAGGCCUUCCUCAGUUUAUGCUGAGUCUGUAAGGCUGUCAGUAAAUGCUGUGGCUUGGCAGUCAGAACGCAGUUCUGAAUGCAGUAUCUCCAUGACAAGUGGCAUGAAUUGGGCUAAAGUUCAGUUCUGA